AUGGCUACCAUGGUAGAGCAGAAAGUUUCACGCGCUGAGGAACGUCUUGGCUUCACGUUCACCGUCGACAAGGGUCCUUGCGUGGAGUCACUGAACACUGCUGGCUUGACCUUCUACCAGGGUCAAAGAGUUCGCAAGAACAAUGUCCUGGCUGUCCAUGGAGACAUACAGGCGGCUGCGUACUUGUCAACCUUGUGGAUUGGCAAGGACGGUUUAACCAAAGGGCAAUGGACCGAAAUUCGCAAACUCCUUGCGAACGAAAACUUGGCCCAAGUUGGGGUCGCUCAUGGUCUCGAAGAAUGCGUCAUUCUCAAUCAUGGCACGACCCAGGUCUCGGGCGGCAUGAUGGCGACCACCGUCGAGGCCCUUCUUGGUGCCGUCCAUCUCGCAGGCGGGUCGGAGGCUCUUGGUCGAGUGAUGGCUCGUCUCGGCCUGAUCCACAACCUGCUCACAUGA